AUGAGGGUGCAAGAGCACGCCGGGAACGAGAAGUCGUGCGUUUGGAAGGCGUUGGACUUCUCCGAAGGUGGAUUGAAGGAAGAGCUUUUUUGCAUUCGGUUUGUGUCAAUUGAAAAUUGCACAAUGUUCUUGGAUUCAUUCCAAGAGAUUGUUCAAUCCCAGAGCAAUGAGGAUAACCAGAAACAAGAGGGAAACUUGAACAAUGAGGAAAACCAGAAUAAUGGGAAGAACCAUGAGAAUGAGAAAUACCAGAACAAUAUAGACAACCAUGAGAAUGAGGAAAACCAAAACAAUGGGGAGAACCAGAACCAUGAGGAAUUCCAGAACAAUGGGGAGAACCAGAUCAGUGAGAAAAACCAGAAUAAUGGGGAGAACCAUGAGCAUGAGAAAAAGCAGAACCAUGAGAAUGAGGAAAACCAGAACAAUGGGGAGAACCAGAACCAUAAGGAAAACCAGAACAAUGGGGAGAACCAGGACAAUGAGAACAAAAUGCAUCUGCUGCUGCAAGUCUCCUUGAAAAUUUGA